GUCGUAGCGAGGGGGACGUUGCUGAGCGGGGGAAGAGCCGGGAUGCAACGGCGGGGAGCGCCGCCGCCCGAGACUCCCGGCCGGAUGCAGAACCCCUUCGAGAGUCCCGGCGACGUCCGCCACUUGCAGGAGCAGACCGUCUGCAGCCCCAGCGCCUUCCGCGCCGCCCCGCCCGCGGGGAGCCCCGGGCGAUUCAUGUGGUCCAUUGACGAGCUGGCCCUGAUCGACCCAGUGGAGAUCAACUCAGAGGACAUCCACCGCCAGGCCUUCUACCUCAGCCAGACCAGGAUCGACAGGGAGAUCGAAGAGCGGAGGCAAAGGGCCAUCGAAGAGUUUUUCACCAAAAGCACCAUUGUCCCAUCGCCCUGGACCGAUCCCAUCGGGAAACAGGCUUCUCAGCUGAAUUCGACCAGGUGUGCUGAGCUCAACGAUGCUUCGCCAGUCGGCCGAGAAAUAGUCGUGCAGCCUGGGAGAAAUAAUGCUGCUUGUCAGACUGUGUUAUCUCUACCUGUGGAUUUUGAUUUGGAAAAGAUAUUGGGUGACCAUUUCAAAGCCGAUGAAUCGGCUGACCAGUCCCAGGAAAGCCUGAGCACUUCCUCCUUGAGGAGAAAGCUCUUUUUGGAUGAGAACGGCAGCCUCUCCUCCGAGAACCUCUCCCCUUCUCCCGGCCUGCGUAACGGUCCGGCUUCCUUAGGCGUCCUCUGCUCCAUCGACCUCUCUCCGGUCCGCUGCAGGAGCCCUCUGAGUUCUUCCAGCUCAGGCCAUCUCUCCUCCAGCCCCAUCCGGGGGAAUGCCAGGGCGUACAGUUUGGGCAGCCUUCCUAGUCCUUCUUUGGCACGCAGGAGUCCGGCAAAUCUGGCGUCGCCCACUUUCUCUCCCGUUGGCAUCCAGCUAAGAAAGACUCCACUGGCAGAUCAAAGGCAGUUCACUUUCCGCUCUCCGGAUCUUCCUUCCAUUUCCAACGCCUGCCGUCAGGCUCCUACCAGCAGGAGUCCCUACAUGGAAUGCUCUCCGUUAAGGAAUCACUCGCCCAUGAGGUUUCUCUCCUGCCGGGGGGCCACCCUGUAUCAGAGCUCCUUCCUUCGUCUCCCUUGCACCCCAGAGAACUUCCAGGAAGAGCUGGCGGAGGCAGCCGAGGCCAUGUCGGCCGGGAGUCCUAGGGCGGGCCUGACCCCUAUAAAUGAGGACAUCCCGUUAGCAGGGUCCCACUCGGAGAUGGCUGCUGGGUCUCUCUCACCGGAGACCCCUGAAGGAUUAGCACCACCCAGGCCCUGCUUGGAGUCCCCUGGGGAGAAACGGACAGUGGAAAUGGCUGAUCCAGAGAUGCUGGAUGAGAACUCGGUGAAGGGAUCGUCUGAAUGCGACAGAGGAGCCGUGACCAGACUGAGCAUGGAGGGGUCUUGCAUCUGCAUGGCUCCAUUGGCAGAAAGCAGUGCUUCUCCCUGUGAGAUCAGCAGUCUGCAGAUGGAUAGUGGUUACAAUACCCAGGCGUAUACCAGCAGCCUCAUGGAUACAGCUGGAGGCGAGCUCAGCUGCAGAGAGCAUGGUGCGUUUGAAGCUCAAAGGAAACCCCACGUUUUCAGAAUGAAGCAGGGAAAAUCAAAAACUGGAUACUGGGCUGAAAACGCUUGUCAAUCCAGCAGCCUCUUCCUGGAAGUGCCUUUGCAGAAAUGAUCUGAGCUGGCAUAGAUCUGCUUCUAACUGGGAUUGAGAGAGAGAGAGAGAGAAAGAGACUGAGACCAUCCACCAAAGCUGUGAAUGCCUAUUCUGACAGAUACGUUGACGCUGGACUGGUACAACUGCCUUCCUGCGGCUGAAGGGAAAUAAAGACGAUCCACCUGGCCAUAACCACCAAAUUGGCACUGGGAUGUUGUGGGCUACAUUUGUACACUUGGGAUUAUCACAAGGGCUCAGUUGGGAUUGGAACGCUGCUGCUAUAUGCCUUCGACAAGCAUUGAUCCUUGAUCUACCCAAGUACAGCCAGUUAUGGGCUCACUUCAUCAGGCAGGGGCUUCCUUGCGUGAGCAUUGCCCACAUGCAAAAUAUAAAUGCCCUGGUCUUAAACUUAAAUUGAAGUUAACUGUUUGGGAUCAGGCAUCGCCAACACGCCAAAUGGUGUGGCAGAGCAAUAGGUGUGUUACCUUGUUUUCUGUGAAAAUGAAUAGCAUUUGUUUAAAAGAAAUCUCUUUCGCGCCUUGAUUAUGCUGAUCGUAUCGGAGCCCGAUGAAUUUUUAAUAAAGUAGUUGUGCUUUU